AUGGGGUUAGUCUCCAGGCCCCUUUCUCUCGUGCUGGGUCGCCCUUUAUCUCGUGGUGGGUCACGUGGGCCAAAGGUUGGUGAAGGCAUGGAUAUGGAUAUGGAUUGCAAGGGGAACAAAAUCGUAGAUACCGUCGUAGUUGAUCAGCAAGGGAAAGGAGAUUUCAGAACAAUUCAAGCUGCUCUCAAUUCCAUAAAGGAAAACAAUGAUGAAUGGGUCAAAAUUCACAUAAAUGCUGGGCAAUACAUAGAGAAAGUGAUAAUAAGGAAAGAUAAAGGAUGCAUAUUUUUAGAAGGAGAAGGGAAAGAUGUGACGAUAAUCACAUCGAGUGGUUACCACCGUGCAAGCAUAGCAUCAAGCAACGAUGAUUUAAAAGUGAACGAGCAUUUGGGUGCUACAUUUGUUUCUCUUCCCCCUAACGUUAUUGUUAUCGGCAUUACCUUCAAGGUAGAACCCAUUCAACCUGCACUAGCAGCGGCCAUAUACGGUGACAAAUCGGUGUUCUUUAAGUGUGGUUUCGUAAGUUAUCAAGAUACUCUCUUCGACGCAAUGGCUCGUCAUUAUUUUAAAGAUUGUUACAUUGAAGGUGAAGUUGACUUCAUUUAUGGGAGUGGUCAAUCAUACUUCGAGGAUUGUACCAUCAAUGCUACGCUUGGAAAAUCUCCUCCAGGUUUUGUAACGGCGCAAUCGCGAGAGGCAGAAAAUGAUAACAGUGGUUUUGUGUUUAGGGCAGGUUGUGUGAUUGGAAACGGUGAAGUGAAUCUAGGAAGAGCCUAUGGACCGUACUCGACGGUUAUAUUUUACGAAACAUAUUUAUCUUCUAUCGUAUCCCCUGAAGGAUGGGAUGCUUGGGGCUACGCUGGCCAAGAGUCCAAUUUUACUUAUGCUGAGGUAAACUGUAGCGGACCAGGAGCAAAUGCCACGGGACGCGUUAAGUGGGAGAAGAACCUCACCAGUUCACAAUUAAUGAAGUUUUCUUUGUCAUCUUUUAUCAACCAAGAAGGCUGGCUUUCUUACUUACCAAUUAAGUUUUAG